CUAUAAAUAUCGUUUAAUUUCAUCCAAAACUAAACGAACGUGACAAAAUAAGAUUAGCUGAGGGUUGCAUUGCAAGCAAAGCCAUAAUAAUGGACUUGAGGAAGAUGAGUUGGGACACCCCAAUAUUCUCAAUCUUGGAAGACAUGCUCGACUUCGCGGAAGAACAACCCGAAAGAGAGAGAGGCGGCAACAAGAACAGCAACCCUUCGAGGGCAUACGUGAGAGACGCGAAGGCGAUGGCGGCGACGCCGGCGGACGUGGUGGAGUACCCGAACAGGUACGUGUUCGUGGUGGACAUGCCGGGGAUCAAGGCGUCCGAGAUAAAGGUGCAGGUUGAGAACGAAAACGUUUUGGUGGUGAGCGGUGAGAGGAAGAAGCGGGAGCAACAAGAUGAAGGGGUGAAGUACUUGAGCAUGGAGAGAAGGGUUGGCAAGUUCUUGAGGAAAUUCUCUAUCCCUGACAACGCUAACAAGGAUACCAUUUCUGCUCUUUGUACUGACGGCGUGCUCACCGUAACCGUCGAAAAGCUUCCGCCGCCGGAACCCAAGAAGGCCAAGACCAUUGAGGUCAAGUCUGUUUAA